GUUGUGGUUGGAAUUGUUGGAAUAUCAAUAUUGAAUAUUGAUGGACAGAAGGACAGCUCAUGGCAUGCCGGUUAUUUAUAUUUAUACCAAUAUUUUACUUUUCGUAAAAUUCGUGAAAGAAAAUGUAUUGAUAUAUUUAAAGUGUGUUAAUGAAUGUUAGAACAGUGAACAUUGGUUGUACAAUAAUCAAAACCUUAAACUUUUGUUAAGUAUGUGUCGGAUAUUAAUAAUUUCUUUUCUAAUAAAUUUAUUCUUAUUAGAAAAGGCUACUGGCUUAGGAGAAAUCAUAUAUGCCAUAAAUGCAGGUGGUCCAGCCCAUACCGACAUAUAUGGCAUUCAUUACGAAAAGGAUCCGUUGCAAGGAAGAGUAGGUACGGCGUCUGAUUACGGGAAACAACUUGUUAUGAUAGGGAGAGUCAAUUCAAAAGAUGAAAUAUUAUAUCAGACAGAGAGAUACCAUCACAGCACGUUCGGUUACGACAUUCCGGCCAGUAAAGACGGAGACUACGUGCUUGUGCUCAAGUUUAGUGAAGUAUACUUUAACACGCCGAAUAUGAAAGUAUUCGACGUUGUUCUGAAUGGAGACCACACAAUAGUAGCAGAUUUAGAUAUUUUCAAUAAAGUUGGACGUGGAGUAGCACAUGAUGAAUAUGUACCAUAUUCUAUAAAAAAUGGAAAAUUAUAUUAUAAUGAUGAAGAGUCAGAUAUACGAGGAGGUAAAAUUAAAGUUGAAUUUAUUAAAGGCUAUAGAGAUAACCCGAAGAUUAAUGCUUUGUAUGUCAUGAGGGGAACAAUUGAUGAAGUGCCCAAGCUACCUCCAAUAGUAUGGCCUGAGACUGAAACCGAAGAACCUAGGGAAGAAGUAGAAGAGAAAUCUACUAAGUCCCGUCGUGCAAGUGGUCCUAAGCAACCUGAUCCUUACUCAAUGGAAGACAACUCUGUGUUGAUACCUGUUUUUAUUACAAUUGGUGCUUUUAUACCAUUAUUAUUUUGUCUCUGCAAACUAUAACCAAUAAUGACAUGUUGUGUUGUUGUUAAUAUAUGUUUUAUAUGCUGUAAAUUAAUGUUUAUGUAAUUCA